AUGGCCCAAGAGCUGAUCCUGGAGAGGUGUGACUUGGAACUGGAGGCCAAUGGCCGCGACCACCACACGGCCGACCUGUGCCAAGACAGGCUGGUGGUUCGGCGGGGCCAGGCCUUCUGGCUGACGCUACACUUCGAGGGCCGCGGCUACGAGGCCGGUGUGGACAGCCUGACCUUCAGCGCCGUGACCGGCCCAGCUCCCAGCGAGGAGGCCGGCACCAAAGCUCGCUUCCCCCUGUCGGAUGGGGUGGGCGAGGGCGGCUGGGCAGCCUCGGUGGCAGACCAGCAGGACAACGUCCUUUCCCUGCAUCUCUACACGCCCGCUGAGGCCCCCAUCGGGCUGUACCGCCUCAGCCUGGAGACCUCCACCGGCUACCAGGGCUCCAGCUUCGUGCUGGGCCACUUCACCCUGCUCUUCAAUGCCUGGUGCCCAGCGGAUGCUGUUUACCUGAAUGCAGAGGCGGAGCGGCAAGAGUAUGUCCUCAACCAGCAGGGCUUCAUCUACCAGGGCUCAGCCAAGUUCAUCAAGAGUGUGCCGUGGAACUUUGGGCAGUUUGAGGACAGGAUUCUGGACACCUGCCUGACGCUCUUGGAUGUCAACCCCAAGUUCCUGAAGGACUCCAGCCGCGACUGCGCGCGCCGCAGCAGCCCCAUCUACCUGGGCCGGGUGGUGAGCGCCAUGGUGAACUGCAAUGACGACCAGGGCGUCCUCCUGGGGCGCUGGGAUAACAACUACGGGGACGGGGUGAGCCCCAUGUCCUGGAUCGGCAGCGUGGACAUCCUGCGCCGCUGGAAGGACCAUGGCUGCCAGCACGUGAAGUACGGCCAGUGCUGGGUCUUCGCCGCCGUGGCCUGCACAGUUCUGCGGUGCCUUGGCAUCCCCACUCGCGUCGUGACCAACUACAACUCGGCCCACGACCAGAACAGCAACCUGCUCAUUGAGUACUUCCGCAACGAGUUCGGGGAGCUUGAGAGCAACAAGAGCGAGAUGAUCUGGAACUUCCACUGCUGGGUGGAGUCAUGGAUGACCAGGCCAGACCUAGAACCUGGCUAUGAGGGGUGGCAGGCCAUCGACCCCACGCCCCAGGAGAAGAGCGAAGGGACGUACUGCUGUGGCCCCGUGCCCGUGCGUGCCAUCAAAGAGGGCGACCUGAGCACCAAGUAUGAUGCCCCCUUCGUCUUCGCCGAGGUCAACGCCGAUGUGGUGGACUGGAUCCGGCAGGAGGAUGGCUCCCUGCACAAGUCCGUCAACCGCUCCCUGGUGGUGGGGCUGAAGAUCAGCACCAAGAGCGUGGGCCGUGAUGACCGCCAGGACAUCACCCACACCUACAAGUACCCAGAAGGCUCCCCGGAGGAGAGGGAGGCUUUCACGAAGGCAAACCACCUGAACAGGCUCGAGGAGAAGGUGGAGGUGCAGGAGGGGGUGGACAUGCGCAUCCGCGUGGGCCAGAGCAUGGCUGUAGGCAGCGACUUCGACGUCUUUGCCCAUAUCACCAACAACGCCUCCGAGAGUCGUGACACACGCCUCCUGCUUUGUGCCCGCAUCGUCAGUUACAAUGGGGUCCUGGGGCCCGAGUGUGGCACCAUGGACCCGCUCGAUCUGACCCUAGAGCCCUUCUGUGAGAAGAGCAUUCCCCUUCGCAUCCUGUACGAGAAAUACAGCGACUACCUGACUGAGUCAAACCUCAUCAAGGUGCGAGGCCUCCUCAUCGAACCAGCUGCCAACAACUACCUGCUGGCUGAGAGGGACCUCUACCUGGAGAAUCCUGAAAUCAAGAUCCGGAUGCUGGGGGAACCCAAGCAGAACCGCAAGCUGGUGGCCGAGGUAGCCCUGAAGAACCCACUCACGGUGCCCCUGCUGGGCUGCAUCUUCACGGUGGAGGGAGCUGGCCUCAUCAAGGAGCAGAAGAUCGUGGAGGUCCCUGACCCUGUAGAAGCCGGGGAAGAAGUGAAGGUGAGGGUGGACCUGAUACCGUUUGACAUGGGCCUGCACAAGCUGGUGGUGAACUUCGAUUGUGACAAGCUGAAGGCCGUGAAGGGCUAUCGCAACGUCAUCAUCGGCCCCGCCUAAGGGACUUGCCCCAGCCCACCAAAGCCCCAGAGAGCCUGCACCUCUACCUAGCCCUUCUCGCAAGAUAGCCAGCACCCAUGCCCCUAGGGCGGGGUGGGGCCGUGGGGGUGUCUGGCUGGGAAUGUAUUCUGGCCCCUUUUGCACUCUGAGCCUGCCUGCCUUAGCUGUGAGGAAUAUUCUGUGUCAGGUGGCUAUGUCGACCUUGGAAUGCCCUUGAUCACCCGCCAAUAUUGUGUGAGCACCUCUGCAGUGCCUUGCAGGGGGCUGGAAGGGGUAGAGUGCCACUAGCUGAAUCAAAGAGCUCAACUCUCCAGAAGGUGGCCUGUGCCUCUCCCGCGGCCACCCCCAGCCUCCAUGGGCCCUUCGGGGAGCAGAGCUGGAUGAGGAUGGGGAGUAGGCCUGGUCCAAUCCCCUCCCAGGCCAGCAGCCCUGGCUCCCAGCCUCCCACCCAGCUCCCCAUCGCCAUGGCCCUGUCCUGGGCCAGAUGCCUCCUGGGUUCACUGGGCUCACAGGGGCCCAAGCAGUGGUGGCAUGGAGCUGCCUCCUGCAUGAGGAGGCUGAGCUCAGAGAGGGAGGCAGCUGCUCCGUGCCCCGGGGGCUGUGGGCAUGGGCGAGGGUGGAGGAUGCAGGGCCUGGGCUGGAGCCAGUCUUCUGACUCACAGUCCAGUGCUCUCUCUGUGACACCAGCCCUGACCUGAGAGGACCAGAGCCCUGGCUAUUGGGGAACCCAUCUCAUAAGGCCCAGUUGAGGCAAAGAGGUAGGGAAGAGGCUGACGGGUAGGAAGCUAGGGAUCAGAGUUCAGGGUGUGAGCCUCCAGUCUGGCCACAAUCUACUCUCCCUGUUCAAAGCAUCCAUGUUUUCAUGAUUAGCAGUAACAGAAGUGGCUCACUGCCUUCUGGGCCCUGUGUUUCUGAUGCCCCAUGUGGCCUAGCCUUAAAAAAUAAACACGGGCUCCACUCCCUGCUCCACACAGGCCCUUCCUCUGUAGGCCCAGACAGCUCAGAGUAAGACUGCGACCACCAUGCUGGUCCCCGCCCCGCCCUGCAGCCCCCCCCUCCAGGUCUAGUUCUAGGGAGCAAGAGCCCAAGGUGGCCCCGUCCUACCCACAGGAUGCUCAUGUCCAUGCCCGGGUCCCCCAAGGGCCUUAGCUGUGAGUGCUGGCCACGAACCAGCACAUCUACCCAGCCCAGCCUCCAGAACACAGCCCUGUCCCCGUCUCCCCCCCUCCCCCGAAGCAAGCUCACAGCCCAGGAGCGGCAGCUGAGAGCUCAAACCCACCCUGGCUGCAUGACAGGCCCCCACCCUCAGACUGGAAGAGUGCAGGAUCUCAAUUCAUGGGCUGGUCAUGGUCUCUAGGGUGCCCAGAAUCCCAGAGAGGGGGCUGGGGACAGGGGGGAGGGGGAUCACGCCAAUGCCUCUAAUACUUUCUGCUUCACAGCGAGAGGAAUAGCCAGAGGAGCCCCCCAUGUCUGUCCCAUAGAAACACAACGCUGUUUCUCUACAGCUGUACCAAAGCUUUGGGGUUCCAGGCAGGCAAGAGAUGCGCUUUUAAGCCAUAAAAAGCAAGCACUGAAAUAAGAGUAUUUUUCACAUUCAAACAAG